UUGUAAUAUCAGGUUGUAGCUGGGCUGGCCCUUGGCUUCCUGCUGCCUGCUGCGGUGCGGCCGUGCGGCUCCUCGAUCACAUCCAUUCACUGACUGAUUCACCUCGGCAAAUGGCAACCCCCGCGCUCGAGAAAGAGGAUCGAUUUCAUUUGGGUUGGGGGAAGAGCGACAUGAGGUUUAGGGUUCGCCCUCCAUCUCCAUGGCCGCCACCGCCGCCGCUCCAUCUCCUCGCCUCAGCCCGCCACGGCCACCGCCCUCCCUCCCGCCGCAUCCACGCCGCCAACUCCGGCGACUCCCAAGCUGGCAAAGGCAAAUUCCUUCUGCCUGGUGCAACCGCGGCAGUUCUUGUCAUGCUGGGCGCUCUACAUGCUAGGCGCAUGUACGAUGACAAGAAAGUUGUCCAAAGGAAGGAGAAAGGAAUUGAACCAGAAUUUUCGCCCGAUUUCAAGGCUUCGCUUAUUAGGCUUCUACCAUUGCGUUCCAUGUCACGUUUCUGGGGAUCCUUGAUGGAAGUGGAUAUCCCAGUUUUCAUGCGCCCCACCAUCUACAAAGCAUGGGCUAGAGCAUUCCACUCUGAUUUGCAAGAAGUUGCUCUACCUCUAGAAGAAUAUCCUUCUUUACAGGCAUUCUUCGUACGCAGUCUCAAAGAAGGAGCAAGGCCCAUCGACCCAGAUCCAAACUGUCUGGUGAGUCCUGUGGAUGGUAAAGUUUUGAGGCUUGGAAAGCUAAGAGGUCCAGGAACCAUGAUUGAAGAAGUGAAAGGCUUUUCUUAUUCUGUUUCUUCUCUUCUUGGUACGAGUUCAUCCCUUCACGAUGCUGCAGAGGAAGAACUUUCUAGGGAGCACAUAGAGCAAAGUAUGCCUGAGAAUUCAAAUGCAAAAUCAUGGUGGCGAGUAUCAGUUGCUUCACCUAAACUACGGGAUCAAACGGUGUUGAGCCCAAAGAAAGGUAUCUUUUAUUGUGUCAUCUAUUUGCACCCUGGUGACUAUCAUCGAGUCCAUUCUCCUGUUGAUUGGAAUAUUUUAAAACGUCGGCAUUUCUCAGGCCAUCUUUUCCCCCAGAAUGAACGUGCUAUACGGACCGUCAGGAACCUGUAUGUUGAGAAUGAAAGGGUGGUACUUGAAGGGCGAUGGAAAGAAGGCUUUGUAGCAAUCGCAGCAAUUGGUGCCACUAAUAUCGGAUCUAUCAGGGUGAAUCUUGAACCAGAGCUGAGGACAAACAGGGCGGUGUCAAGGAUGGUCCAUUCCCUGCCUCCUGAGGAGCGUGUCUAUGAACCUGAAGGCACUGGCAUGCUGGUUAAGAAGGGAGAGGAGAUAGCAGGAUUUAAGAUGGGGUCAACCGUUGUGGUGGUGUUUGAAGCCCCAGCGUGGAAGUGGAAGGCAAGGGAGGAUGGCACGUUCUCAUCAGCUUCAGGAGACUUUGGCUUCUGUGUCAGGGCUGGCGACAAGGUCAGGGCGGGAGAAACCAUUGGGCGGUGGAGUGAUGAGUCGUAGCAGUGGAAAGCAUUUGGCGCUCUGUUUUUUGGGAGGGGCACAUGCUGUCUUCUUCUUAGUGGCAAAUGGGUGCAGAGCUUUUUAUUUUAGUACAAGGAGGUAAAAUCAUGCUCGUUACCAAAGGAGCUUCGUGUCCUGUUGUAAACUGUCUCUGCAGAAAUGCAAUGCAACUUUUGAUUGAUCAUCAGACAUUGAGGCAGGCAAUCUAGCCGUUUUCAUUAAA